UUUUCAGUUCUCGAAUACGCUUUGCCUUGGUCUUUGGUGUUCUCCAAGAUUUAGUAGAUUCGUAGCGCCGUUGGGGUGAAAAAGCAACUAAAGUCGUAAAAAAAACUCAUCGUCUGUUAUUUACCUUGUAAUUCAAUUAACUAGCGAAAAAUGCUGAGGUACGCGGUAAUUGCCUGUGCUAUUUUGGUGGCCUUUGCUGGAGCCCUGGAGUUCAGCGAUUGCGGAUCGAAGACGGGCAAAUUCACGAGGGUGGCCAUCGAGGGAUGUGACACCACCAAGGCGGAAUGCAUCCUCAAGAGAAACACGACGGUCAGUUUCUCCAUCGAUUUUGCUUUGGCCGAGGAGGCUUCGGCGGUAAAGACGGUGGUGCAUGGCAAAGUCCUGGGCAUCGAGAUGCCCUUCCCGCUGGCCAAUCCAGAUGCCUGUGUGGAUAGUGGGCUAAAGUGUCCCCUGGAAAAAGGUGAAUCCUAUCGCUAUACGGCCACCCUUCCCGUCCUGAAAUCCUAUCCCAAGGUCUCGGUUUUGGUCAAAUGGGAACUGCAGGAUCAGGAUGGUGUGGACAUCAUUUGCGUGGAGAUUCCCGCUAAAAUUCAGUAGCAAAUUCAACGCAAAACCCAUCCGCUAAUUUAACCUUGAAAUUCCCCUCUCUUAUUGUUGUAAACUAAUUUUUAAUAAAGAAAAUCUAAUUUAAAUAACAA